UGACUUCCACGUUCCACCGCGAGGAAAGCCAAACUAUCCGGUCUUGAUUACGUAUCUUCCUCUUAUUUGUCCCUCAAAAACAAUUACAAAAAAUUCUAAACACCGGAAAAUAAAAGCCAAAAAAACCACACUUUAUCUUGUGAAAUCCCCUCACAUUCUGUCUACACUCCAUAGAAAUAUCUGAAAAAUCUUUGGGUCAAGGGAACCUGCAAAAGCAAUGGCUUCGACAGCUGCCAUGGCUGCUCAAGUAUCUAACCUACACGGAGGCAAUGACUGGAAGAAGCCCAUCCCAUCACUCUCUCUUGGUCAUCGGAAAUCUGGGUACAAUUAUAGAUCUCUACGUGUGUGUGGUCUAUUUGGAGGAAAAAAGGAAAAUAGUGAGAAGGGUGAUGAUGCAUCUUCCAAGGCAGGAAUUCUUGGAAACAUGCAAAAUCUCUAUGAGACAGUGAAGAAAGCACAAAUGGUGGUCCAGGUUGAGGCUGUGCGGGUGCAAAAGGAACUUGCUGCAGCAGAGUUUGAUGGCUACUGCGAAGGUGAGCUGAUAAAGGCAACAUUAUCUGGAAACCAGCAACCUAUACGAAUAGAGAUUACUGAGGCAGCAAUGGAAUUGGGUGUAGAAAAGCUAUCUUUUUUAGUUAAUGAAGCAUACAAGGAUGCCCACCAAAAAAGUGUCCAGGCUAUGAAGGAAAGGAUGAGUGAUCUUGCACAAAGCUUAGGAAUGCCACAAGGUCUGAGUGAGGGAUUGAAGCAAUGAUGAUCGCUCUACUGGUACCUGGAUGGGUUUCAAUUUUGUGCACAAACCAAUGCAGAAAUGCUCAUUUGUACUUCUGACUAUGAAUUUUGUAUUGUGAUUUUCUGAUGGAACUUCUUUCCACCCUCCAACCUAGUCAAUCAUAUUUGAUUCAAACUGAAUCUAUAACACACUUGUGGAAAUGCAAAAUCGGAAAAGAAAAAGACAAAGCAGAAGGAAAUACAAGAAUGUAC